CAAUUUUAAAGCAAUUAUAUUCUACAAAUUAUCAAUCAAAUGAGCGUGAAUUAAAUGCAUGGAGGAUAAUACUUUAUUAUAUAGGAUGUCAUAAUAUAACACUAUUUUUAAAUCAAGAAUCAGAGACCAGAUCACUAAAUUCUGAUAUUGAACGAGAUACAUUAAAAUAA